CACACGCAGGUUUAAAAAUAUUUCAAAUAAACCCACAGCAGAAGUGAAAGAAGGACAGGAAAUAUGUCAGUCGUGGGUGCGAUUCUGUACAGCCACAGCCCAAACUCCUCACGCUUCAUCACCAGCUGCUUCACACUUCACACACUGAUUCCACCUGACAACAUCUCCCUGCUUUUCGCCAACGCCAGUCGAAGAUCUCGAGAUUCAGAAAUGCAUCACUUUGUGUGCUUCAUUGUGCUUGUGAGUCUGGAAGGAAUAAAAAAUAAUGCAGCAGUCGGGACAACGACGGAAUCAUCAACCAAAAUCUCUCAAACGAUCUUAAGAACAUCUACAAUGAUAUCCAAAGCGGCCGACGAUCACCAAACCAAGUUACCUCAAACUUCGAGAAGUGUGCAAUUGAUUGAGCCAUUGAGUGAGCAAUCAAGUAAGCCAUCGAGUAAGCCAUCGAGUAAGCCAUCUAGUGAGCCAUCGAGUGAGCAAUCGAAUGAGACGUCAUGUAAGCCGUCAGGCUGUCUGAUUGAGCUCACGAACAUGAAGGACACGUUACUAUUUUAUGCAAACGUAAUACUCUUGCUAGUCUGUCUUUUCUUGCUGCUGAUUAUUAUGUGCAUGGCCUGCAAACGUUGCAGACGUGUCAGGAAGGACAAGAUGGUCGUGAUGAAAUCGUCCAGCAGCGUAAAUGGUAAGCCUUCUGAAUCCGACGUCAAAUAUUCCUCUGUGAAAAUGGAGAUUGAGACAACAGAUGAGGCAGAUGAGGCACAGGAGCAAACCCCAGAAGAGGAGGUGGGUGGAGAAGCUUCCCAGGUCUCCGCCAAAGAGAACCAAAAUACAGCCAAAGACACCAGUGGGACCAGUGAGGCCACGCCCACCCAAGAAGUCGAUCCGUCCGACCAAACGGCUCUGAAGAUGGAAGAUUUGGAAAAGGCAGAAUAGAAAUCCUGCUGGCGUCACGGAAACAACCCGCGCAGCUCCAACCGCCGGAGGAACCGAAUUCCUGUGUAUCUGUAGUCUGUCGUCUAGCUUUUGUUUCUGGGCAACAAAUUUCUAAAAGCUCUGUGCUGAAUUUAGAAAUGACUUUAAGAAUAAGGUAUUGCUUUUGUAAAUGACUCAAAUAAAUGACUCAUACCAAAAUAACGGUCAUGUAUAGAGUCAACGAAUACUGCUGAGUUUAUUUGCUUUUUUUUUUUAAACCUUGCUUUUUUGGAAGAAAUGGAUAAAUAAAUACAUUUCAAAAUG